UUCACCUUUGGAUAUAUGUUCCUAGAUAGAUCCCAUAAAUCCAACAAACAUCAUGAAUGGGCCCCCUCAGUAACUCCCUUUCACACACAACUAUUUUCUAAAUCCACACCCCCUCCCUUUACACGACUUGUACAACUCCACAUUAAACUUGUACACUUCUCUGGCUCAAGCAACUUUACCUCUGGUAAAAGCAUAAAACCACAACCCCCUCGUAUACAAAUAAAACCAAAACACAAUCCCAUAAAACCCUCUUUCCACUUCCCACUUUUCCCACCAUGGAUUCCGGCCACAGUAGCAGCGGCGGCGACGGCAGCGCCACCGCCGGCGAUGUACACUUCAACCACAUCCCGAUUCUCCAACCGCCGCCGUCUAAUUUCUUCAAUCCGUCGUCGUUUCCACACCCCCCAAACCCUAACCCUAAUUCAAUCUACACUCUCAAUUACCCAAAUUCGAUCCACACAAACUCGAAUUUGAUACACGACCCGAAUCCAGUGGAUCAUUUGGUGGAUAAUGAUGAUCCGAACCCGAAUUUUGGACCGGAAACGUUAGGCGCAACGAAGAAAAACCCGAAAAAGCGUACACGAGCUUCGCGGCGAGCUCCAACCACCGUGAUGACCACCGACACGACUAAUUUCCGGCAAAUGGUUCAGGAGUUUACCGGAAUUCCAGCCGUGCCGUUUUCGUCCUCGGCUUAUUCGAACCGACGUGAUCUUUACGCCGGCUCGGCUGAGCCAAUGGCCGUACGGAUGCAGCAGCCAGUACGGCCAUCGGCUCACAAGAUUGUUCAGUUACAACCGUAUUUGAAUUCUGUUACUGCAAGUGGUAGUAAUUUUCAUUUGCCCCCUUCUGAAAGUCAUAUGUUUACAAAACAGCCCCUGAGUUUACAGAAUUUGCAAAAUCAGAUGUUUCCGUUUCAAUCGGUUUCUCAGCAAUUUGAUAACAAUAGUAUUAAUAAUAAUGAUCAGAGUUUGGAGCCUUUGAGUGGGUUUGUGGGUUCUUCAUCGGCGAAUUUGAAAAGAUGGAGGGGUGAAAGUGAGAAUUUGUUGAACUAUGAAGGGGUGAACGGGAAUUCUCAGAACGUCGUCGUUUCGUCAAGUGAUGGUGAGCAACAUCAGCUUGGAGGUAAUGAGGAUACGUGGUCGUUUUGAGUAUGUUAAUUUUAUUAUUAUUAUUUGAUAAUAAGAUUUUAUUAGUAAAAAAUCAUUUUUGUAAAUUUGUAGAAUUGUUGUAAUUUUGUUUACUACAUGAAGUAGUUGUACAUUUGGUAAUUGGGGAUAUAAAAUUGAAAUGUUGGUAAAA